GCCGAAAGAAAACCAGACCGAGCCAUUCGCUGGAGUCAUUUUAGCUGAGCCUGACUCUCAACUUGACUCUUCCCUGAACCAGCCGAGCUAGAGAGAGAGAGAGAGAGAGAGCCAGCCUUUUUGCCCUAGCUCCUCUCCUCCGUCAAAUUCGCCGACGAUAUCGACCGGAUCCCUCGCCGUAACGGAUCUCUCAUAUCGGCGGACUUUCGACUCGUGGGUCUCCCGAAGCUCAUACCCGCUUCUCUCUCUCUAUCCCUUAGAUCGGCUCAGAGAUCCAGCGCCGAUCCUCCCUCUCUGUGGCUUCUGUCUCUCCUUUCCCUCCAAAAUCAAAAUAUUCACUUCUCUUGCAACGGUUUUUCUCUCUCUACGGAUCGUUUUGGGUUUCUUCGACUUAUAGUUGAAUCUAAGACUGAAACUUCAAAGGGACAAAGAAGCUUGGAAUCAGAUGGAGUGGAAUGUAAACAACGCUUUCAAAACCUACAAAGAAAUGGAACCAAAAGCCAUGAUGGAUAUCACACUUGUUCCACACUCUGAUCCCAUUGACAUCGGAUUAGGCUCUUCUGAGAAACCAAACACUGUUCCCCCUAAGCGUAAGAAGACAAUGACAUCAGUGUAUCUUAAGUAUUUUGAGACUGCACCAGACAGCAAAACUCGCAAAUGCAAAUUCUGCGGACAAAGCUAUUCCAUAGCAACAGCCACUGGUAAUCUUGGAAGGCAUCUGAAUAACAGACAUCCAGGCUAUGAUAAGGCAGCAGAUGUUGUCACAAGCUCCGUACCACAGACACCACCAGUUGUUGUAAAACCGUCACAAUCCCAGUCGAAAGCACCGCAACUCGAUUAUGAUCAUCUUAACUGGUUAGUUCUCAAGUGGCUCGCUUUGUCAUCACUUCCUCCCACCACUGUAGACGAAAGAUGGUUGGGAAACUCCUUCAAGUUUCUCAACCCGGCCGUGCAGCUAUGGCCGGCUGAAAAAUAUAAAGCCGUACUCCAUGAGGUGUUCAGAAGCAUGCGGGGAGAUGUAAAGACAUCCCUGGGGCAUAUCCAAUCCAAAGUCUCAAUCACCCUAAGUUUCUGGCAUUCAUAUGAAAACAUUUUCUAUAUGAGCGUAACGGGCCAGUGGAUAGACGAAAAUUGGUCCUCUCAUAGAUUGCUACUCGACAUAUGCCGGAUUCCUUAUCCCUCUGGGGGUUCUGAGAUCUAUAACUCACUUUUGAAAGUCCUUAAGAUAUAUGCCAUUGAAGAUAAGGUACUGUGUUGUACACAUGACAACAGCGAAAACGCUAUACACGCUUGUCAUAGCCUGAAGGAGUAUUUUGAUGGUCAAAAGGUCUUGCCUUUCUGCUACAUUCCAUGUGCUGCUCAAACUCUGAAUGAUAUCAUCGAUGAGGGCUUCGCAACUAUAAAGCCUAUAAUCUCAAAGAUCAGAGAAUUCACACAAGAGUUAAACGCGUCGAUGGAGCUAUCAGAUGAUUUCAUUCAGAUGACAACAGCUUAUCAAGAAGGCAGCUGGAAACUUCCCAUCGAUGCUUCAUCUCGUUGGAGUGGCAAUUACCAGAUGGUCAACAUCUUGUGCAAGGCUUGUAAGUCCUUGGACUCGGUGAUUAGGAAAAACGAGGAUGCUAUAGAGAACAGGGUGAUGUUGAGUUCUGCAGAGAAGAACGCAGUGACCAUUGUCCACAAUUACUUGGAUUUAGACUCGUUUCACAAAACGACUAAUGAUAUGUGCACGAACAAGGAUCUCACGGUCGGUCUAGCUCUGCUCUUCAUGGAUAACAUAUCCGAGAUGAUUACGACUUGCCAAAAAUCGUGCCACAACCCAGACUGGCUAAGAACUUGUGCUGAAAACAUGUCCCAGAAGGCAAGAAGCUACAACACACAAGUGUGCAACGUGUUCACUUACAUUACAGCCAUUCUUGACCCACGCAUCAAAACAGAGUACAUUCCAGAGACGAUAAACCUCGAGAGCUAUAUAGAUGAAGCAAGAGCACAUUUCAUUCGUAACUAUUCUUCUCCUCAUUUCACAUCUUCCCUGACCAACGGGUACCGUCCUCAAGACAUUGACGAAGGAGGAGGAGGAGGAAAUAUCUCAUUUGCAGAGGAAAUUGCUAGAAGGAAAAGAAGGGGAAGUAUGAGUAACAGUGUUGUUGAUGAACUGACUCAAUACUUAUCAGAGUCUAUAGUCCCGAUGCAGACCGAUGUGUUGGAUUGGUGGAAGGCAAACAGCGGAAGAUACACGCGACUUUCCAACAUGGCCCGGGAUUUCCUGGCGGUUCAGGCGACUUCUGCUGCACCCGAGGAGAUAUUUUGCAGUAAAGGUGAAGAGAUGGGUAAGCAAAAGUAUUGCAUGCCACAUGAUAGCACACAAUCUGUUCUUUGUAUCAGAUCAUGGAUUGAAGCUGGUAUGAAACUGAAGUUCAAGUCCACUGAGAUCGACUAUGAGCGGUUAAUGGAAUUAGCUGCCACCGUGGCCUCUGAUAACUCUGCAGGCAAGUCUAGACAAGAAUCAGCAUAGCAUAAGUGAGAUUAUUUUUAGUGUUUGUACUACAGAGAUUAGUUGUGAUUUUGUAGUCUUCUCUUAGCAUUGAAUUGUGCAUGUUAUUAUGUUAUCUCUGUAUCAGUUGUUAGAUGAUUCAUCAUUGUUAAGAGUUGGUUCAGUUUAAGCCAAUCUUGUAACUGUUUUAACUGUAUUCCUCAUUUGAUUACCAUGUUAAAGAAAAGAAGAAAACAUGAAGAAUGUAAU